AUGGGGGUGUUCACCAGUUCACUCCUGCGAGUGGCUGCGUCGGGUCAGGUACUUGCUGCUGCGUCCCGGUCAGGUCCUGAGUCUGCCCCCUGUUCUUGUCGCCUCCUGUCUCACGAGACUCUCCUGUGGCACCACCGUCUUGGCCACCCCUCCUUGCCCCGUCUUCGGAGCAUGGCUUUCCGUGUCCUUGUCUCUGGUCUUCCCCAGUCUCUCCCUCCUCUCCCCUCCGGGCCAGGACCUUCCUGUGUCCCCUGUGUCGAGGGUCGCCUCCGGGCUACUCCUCACUCCUCCCACUUCCCCCCGACAGAGGCUCCCCUGCAGACGCUUCACAUGGAUGUGUGGGGCCCAGCCCCCGUCCGUGGGCAGGGUUACGAGCGCUACUUCCUGUUGGUGGUUGACGACUACUCGCGUUACACCACAGUCCUCCCCUUGCGCAGCAAGGGUGCGGUCACUGAGGUGCUGAUCGACUGGAUCCGCGAGGCUCGUCUCCAGCUCAAGAAGAGCUUCGGCUCGGACUUUCCUAUUCUGCGUCUGCACUCUGACAGAGGCGCAGAGUUCUCUUCUCGCCUUCUGCGAGACUACUGUCGUGCACGGGGGAUCCGCCAGACCUUCACGCUUCCGGACUCACCACAGCAAAAUGGGAUUGCUGAGCGCCGCAUUGGCAUGGUCAUGGAUGUCGCUCGUACGUCCAUGAUGCAUGCGGCUGCCCCCCAUUUUCUGUGGCCGUUUGCGGUAAGGUACGCGGCGCAUCAGCUCAACCUUCACCCCCGGGUCUCUCGGCCUGCGAUGUCCCCAGUCUUGCUGUGGACGGGGAAGGUUGGCGAUGCGUCUGUGUUCCGUGUCUGGGGAUCUCGGGCGUUUGUCCGCGACUUGUCUGCGGACAAGCUGUCCCCUCGUGCUGCUCCCUGUGUCUUCCUUGGCUUCCCCACUGACGCCCCAGGGUGGCAGUUUUACCACCCCUCCUCUCGUCGUGUUCUGUCCUCCCAGGACGUCACGUUCGACGAGUCAGUCCCCUUCUACCGUCUCUUCCCCUACCGCACUCCUUCCCUCCCCCCUCCCCCGGACUUCCUUGUGCCGGUUCCCCCCCCGGUAGACCCCCUCCCCCCUCAGGUUCCUGCCCCCUCAGGUGUGUCCCAGGUAGACGCCGUUGACCCGGUCGAGGUUACUGGUGACUCUGGUGCUGCUGCGGGUGCUGAGCCUGGGGGUGCUGACUCUGGGGGUACUGUGCGCGGGGGUGCUGAGCCUGGGGGUGCUACUGCUGGGGGUGCUAGGCCUGAGGGUGCUACUGCGGUGGGUGCGGAGCCUGGGGGUGCUGAGCCAGGGGGUGCUGUGCCUGGAGGUGCUGGGUCUGGGGGUGCUGGGUCGGGAGCUGCUGAGCCUGGGGGUGCUGAGCUGGGAGCUGCUGAGCCUGGGGGUGCUGCGUCUGGAGCUGCUGAGCCUGGGGUUUCUCCUGCUGCUGCGUCUCGCCGGGAGCCCCUCUAUCCACAGGAGCUGCGCGAGUGGUUCGCUCGCCGCUGGAGGCGUGCUGCUGAGUCUGGAGGUGCUGCUGGAGCUGGAGCUGGAGCUUCUUCGACCGUCGAGGGUGCGGGUGCUGCCGGUCCCGGAGCUGCUGGACCUGCGGGUCCUCCUGGAGCUAGAGCUGCUGAGGGCGUUCGUGCUGAGCCUGCUGCUGUUGGUCCUGCCGCUGGAGGUGUGGGUGGCGCUGGUGCUGUCGCUGAGGGUGCUGGUGCUGUCCCUGCUGAGUCUGGAGCUGCCGCGCGGCCUCGGCCGUACUUCGUUCCGCUCCUGCAGCAGGUUCUUGGUCUUUCUCCUCCAGUAGAGGGUCCACCGCCUGUCCAGUCGCAGUCCCUGCUGGAGCCUUCCUCUCCACUGCCUGCUCCCUCUCCUUACACUGGUCCUACUGGAGGUCUUGCUGAGCGUCGUGAGCCUGCGUCUCGUCCCGCGUCGCCUGUUCGUGCUGCUCGCGCUAGUGGUCGCGGUUCGCGUCAGCGUCCUCCUCCUGUCCCUGGCACGCACCGGAUGUCUUUGCGUCCGUCCACUGCUCCUCUGCGUGCCCCUUUGCCUUCUCCUCCUGAGUCCUCUCUUCCUGCGCUUGCCGACCGUGAGUCGGACUCUCUUCGCGCUGCGAGUCCUACUGUCACGCGUCUGCUUGCUACUGUCGUCACUGACCCCUCUUUUGAGUCCACUGCUGCGUCUGCUCUUGUCGCCGAGCUCGUUGACUUUGCUGCUCGCUAUCGUCUCGACUAUGCUGCUAGUCUUGUUGCUGAGUCUGCAUCUGUCUGUCUACCGUCCGUCGGGGGUGAGUGUGCUCUUGGCACGGACGUCCUAGAGGACAGGCAAGAGGAGUUACAGUGUCUAGCGGCUGCUUCACCUCAUCUCGCGUCUGUACUGCUUGCCCCUGAGGGAGACCCGGAUGCACUAGACAUCCCGACUCCGCGUUCUUACGCGGAGGCCGUAGAGGGUCCCUACUCCUCUCAGUGGCAGGCAGCUAUGGAUGCAGAGAUGGCUUCCUGGAAGUCCACAGGCACCUACGUUGACGCGGUUCCCCCUCCUGGGGCGAACAUCGUCAGUGGCAUGUGGAUCUUCAGGGUGAAGCGGCCGCCGUACUCUCCACCUGUCUUCAAGGCACGGUACGUUGCUCGUGGCUUCAGUCAGCGGCAGGGAGUUGACUACUUUCAGACCUUCUCUCCCACCCCGAAGAUGACUACUCUUCGGGUGCUGCUGCACAUAGCCGCUCAGCGCGACUACGAGCUUCACUCUCUCGACUUCAGCACUGCGUUCUUGCACGGUAGCCUGCACGAGGAGAUCUGGCUUCGCCGUCCACCUGGCUUCACUGGGACUUUCCCUCCUGGCACCCAGUGGAGCCUCCGACGGCCAGUCUACGGUCUCCGCCAGGCACCGCGUGAGUGGCACGACACACUGAGGACUACGCUUGCGGCUCUUGGGUUUGCUCCUUCUACUGCUGACCCGUCGCUGUUUCUUCGCACCGACACUUCCCUGCCGCCGUUCUACAUCCUCGUGUACGUCGACGACUUGGUCUUUGCCACAGCGGACACUGCUGGACUCGCCUACGUGAAGUCCGAACUGCUGAAGAGACAUACGUGCACAGACCUGGGUGAACUGCGCAGCUACCUUGGCUUGCAGAUCACUCGGGACAGAGCACGCCGCACCAUUACCUUGACUCAGUCACACAUGGUGCAGCAGGUCCUUCAGCGCUUCGGCUUCACGUACUCCUCGCCUCAGGCCACUCCUCUGCCUACUCGCCACUCACUCUCAGCUCUGCCUUCGGAUGAGUCCGUAGAGUCGAGUGGUCCGUAUGCAGAGCUUGUUGGCUGCCUCAUGUACCUGAUGACCUGCACACGACCUGACCUUGCAUACCCUCUGAGCAUUCUUGCACGCUAUGUUGCUCCUGGGAGACACAGACCGGAGCACAUGGCUGCAGCGAAGAGGGUAUUGCGCUACCUGUGCAGUACGUCGGGCAUGGGGCUAGUGCUUGGAGGGCGGAGUCCAGUGGUCCUUACCGGCCACGCGGACGCUUCUUGGGCUGACGACCAGGCUACGCAGCGGUCGUCACAGGGUUACACCUUCAGCCUUGGUUUCGGCUCUGUCUCGCGGCGGUCUACCCGCUCGUCUUCGGUUCUCGGCUCCAGUUGUGAGGCUGAGAUCUACGCCGGGGCCAUGGCUACACAGGAGCUUCGCUGGCUCACCUACCUGCUGACUGACCUUGGAGAGCCGCCUCGUUCUCCUCCAGUGCUGUACGUAGACAACAAGGCUAUGCUGGCCUUGUGUCGAGAGCAGCGCUUGGAGCACAGAACGAAGCACAUUGCUCUCCGCUACUUCCUUGCUCGUGAGCUGCAGCAGCGUGGUCAGUUGCGACUUGCGUACGUGGCCUCUGAGGCCAACACUGCUGAUGUGUUCACCAAGGCACUCGCGCCUUGUGACCAUCAGCGCUUUUGCACCCAGCUCGGUCUUGUGCCUGUCUUGCCUCACUUGCUCUCCUCUUGA